GUCCGGGAAGUCUCUUGCGUUUUCCUAGGGACUUUCCCAGGCACCAUGGCUGGCUUUGCUUUCUCCGCAGGGUCCCAGUAGGGAGACUCGGUAUAAAGGUGGCCUCCUGUUAUUGGCAGGCAGCGACCGCAGCUCUGCUCGACCAGAACCCAGCACCAUGAAGCUCCUCUUGGGCCUGCUUCUCUGCUCCUUGGUCCUGGGAGUCAGCAGCCAACGUUGGCUCUCCUUUGUCAGUGAGGCCACUCAAGGGGCAUGGGACAUGUGGAGAGCCUACUCCGACAUGAGAGAAGCCAAUUACAAAAAUUCUGACAAGUACUUCCAUGCCCGGGGCAACUAUGACGCUGCCAAAAGGGGCCCUGGGGGUGUCUGGGCUGCCAAAGUGCUCAGUGACGCCAGAGAGAACCUUCAGAGCCUCAUGGGCCGCGGAGCAGAGGACACGGAAGCCGACCAGGCUGCCAACGAAUGGGGCCGCAGCGGCAAAAACCCCAACCACUUCCGACCCAAGGGUCUGCCCGAAAAAUACUGAGCUCCCUGCUCUGCUGCACCUGAGGUCUGGGACCCAGAGAACUGAGUUCCGUGUGCGUGAAGCUGGUGGAGGGCACACAACUGGUGUCUAAUAAAUGCUUGUGAGACUGAAA